AUGACAACCAUUGCAGGAGCACCCCCUCCUCCUCCUCCUCCUCCUCCUCCUCCUCCACCUCCGGGUGGAGGCCCGUCGCGCGCUGGCGGUUCUCCCGACAAGCCAACAAAGGUCAAGCCAAACACCAAGAAGGGCUCAGUUGGGGCUCAGUCCGCUGUGCCACUUGUUAUGCAAUCCCCUUGCAGGUCUUCUGCCGGUAGCCAAGAUCUUUCGCCCGUUUGGUCAUCUCCUGAGGGGCCAGCCUUACUCAAGCUGGGUGUCUUUGUCUUUAUCGAAAUGGACCCCCUUUACUGUCCUGUUGUCUUCUUCAUUCCGUGCACCAUCUUGCCAUAUCAAGGAUCAACUCGUUUGCAAACUAACACCCAAUCAACUGCACCAGACGGAGACGAAGAGCAGGCCGCUCGUGAGCCUAACCAGGCUAGGCUGUUGGACCGGCUUUUGCGCCAAGUUAGCUGGCCGGAAGAAGCAGUCGAACACGCCGCUUUUGAGUCCGAGAUUGCUCACAUUGAGGUGCCGGGCUCAACGAGGAUUUUUCGCGAUGAUGUCAACGAAGAUGCCCCAGAGGGCUGGGAUGCCGAUGAGCAGGGCCCACCAUCGCCCCCGGGGUUUGAUUCAGUCGUUGCACACGAUCCUACCGGUAGCAAUUAA